AUGGGGAGGGGAGAGCUCAGCCGGGCCGGGGCUGCUUUAACCCUUGUUGGGGACGAGGGAGUCGGUGCGAGCACCGGGGUGGGCCAGGAGAGUGCUGGAAUUGUGACAAGUGAUGGAGAGUCAUCCCAGGCAUUCAAAGUGCACAAGGGAAUGGGUCUUAUAAAUCAUGUCUUCAAUGCAGACAGCCUGAAGAAGCUGUACCCUUCAAACCUUGGUAUUGGGCACACAAGGUACUCCACCUCAGGAAUUUCUGAGCUGCAGAACUGCCAACCUUUUGUCGUAGAGACUCUUCAUGGGAAGAUUGCUGUGGCACACAAUGGGGAGCUAACAAAUGCUGCACUGCUCAGGAGGAAGCUUAUGCGGCAUGGUGUAGGACUGUCGACCAGUUCUGACAGUGAACUGAUCACCCAGCUGCUGGCUUUCACACCUCCUCUAGAAAAUGAUGACACAGCCGACUGGGUGGCAAGAAUAAAAAACUUAAUGAAGGAAACUCCAACUUCAUAUUCAUUGCUAAUUAUGCAUAAAGACAUAAUCUAUGCAGUACGUGAUCCAUAUGGGAAUCGCCCGCUCUGCAUUGGUCGCCUUAUUCCAGUAGGGGACCUGAAUGGAAAAGGAAAAGAUAACACUGAAACAGAAGGAUGGGUUGUCUCCUCUGAAUCCUGUAGCUUUCUGUCUAUAGGUGCAGAGUACUAUCGUGAGGUCCUUCCUGGAGAGAUUGUGAAAAUAUCCAGACAUGAUGUCCAGACACUGGAUGUUGUACGAAGACCUGAAGGAGAUCCAUCGGCAUUCUGCAUCUUUGAAUAUGUUUAUUUUGCAAGACCAGACAGUAUAUUUGAAGGUCAGAUGGUGUAUUCAGUCCGGAGAAGAUGUGGACAGCAGCUUGCUAUUGAAGCACCCGUGGAAGCAGACCUGGUCAGCACUGUCCCAGAGUCUGCAACCCCAGCAGCUCUUGGUUAUGCUCAAAAGGGUACUCCUGUUGAGUCAUCUGCCUUGUUUUUUCUGUCAUUAUUCCUUUAUGUUAAGUGUGGACUACCGUAUGUUGAAGUGCUCUGUAAAAAUCGAUAUGUAGGGAGAACGUUUAUCCAGCCAAAUAUGAGGUUACGGCAGCUUGGUGUUGCAAAGAAGUUUGGUGUUCUGUCUGAUAAUUUUAAAGGAAAACGAGUUGUUAUCAUUGAUGAUUCAAUUGUGAGGGGCAAUACCAUUUCACCCAUAAUAAAACUACUGAGAGAAUCAGGAGCAAAAGAGGUGCAUAUCCGUGUGGCUUCACCUCCCAUAAGAUUUCCUUGUUACAUGGGAAUAAACAUUCCAACUAAAGAAGAACUCAUUGCCAACAAACCUGAAUUCCGUGAUCUUGCAAACUAUAUAGGAGCAGACAGUGUUGUCUAUCUUUCUGUAGAAGGGCUGGUAUCAUCUGUGCAAGAAAGCAUCAAAGAACGACAAGAGAACAGCCCUAAAAGCCAGAAGUCAUUUAUUGGAAAGAUUGGUCAUUGCACAGCAUGUCUUACUGGAGAGUAUCCUGUAGAGCUAGAAUGGUGAAUUUUUAGUGGAUGGACAUAAUUUCAUCUGUUGUUGAAUGUACCUUUUUCAGUGAUGCCUUCUUGUUAAAUAGCCUCCUUGUAUUUAGGUAAUACGUAAACCUUAUUACAGCUAACUAAUUACUGUUACUAAAACACAUGUUUAAGUAAAGAUUUACAGAAAGUCUUAUGUGCUGAUGAAAACAAUGUAAGCAGAUUAAAAUACAAAAUCAUGUAGUUUUGAUGCACAGUUGUGCCUUCCGUUUUCUCACAAAAUGCUAUAAAAAC